AUGCUGGAGAGCAUUAAGCAUGAUUGGGAUUCUUUAGUGAUAGUUAAAAAGGAGAUAGGUGUAAGGAAUCCUACAGUUAGUGAAAGGUAUCCCGAAUGGCGUAAUGGAGGAGUCUCUUAUAUGGCAAAAGUUUUUGAAUUUGUAGGCACUCGAAGGAAAAGAGUGAAUAGUGAAGAAGAAUUAAGAGAACAAGUAAAAUUAUUACAAGUUGAGCUUAAAGCAAAGGAGGAGCAGAGAGUAUCCUUGGAGCAGCAGUUAGCCAAAGAAAGAGCUGUGAGAAAAACAGUUGAAGAAGAAAGGGACUCUGUGGGUCAAGACUGGAUAAAGGCAAAGGAUGAAUUGAAGACAAUUAAUAAGGAUAUGACAUAUUAUAUGGAAAAAGCUAAGCAUUUGGGAAGAGACAGUUUAAGUGAUGCUGCUCUUACUUGGUAUAUGUGUUUAGAUAAUACCAAGAUUAAAGGAUGGAAGGACUUGGUUGAUGCUUCUAUUAGACAAUAUAAGUUCAACAUGGAUAUUGCCCUAAAUAGAUCAAGUCUGCAAGCCAUGGAAAAAGGUAGUAAGGAGUCUGUAAGAGAAUAUGCCCAAAGGUGGCGUGAAUUAGCCGCACAACUUGGGCAUGAUAUCGACUCCUGCGAGGAGUUUCAUUUGGAGGUAGAAAAUAUGAUGAUGUUGGGAGUAUUAAGAUUGAUGAAACCCAAAGAAAAUGAGUUAGUAGGAAUAAUGACUGGUUGUAACAAGAAAGUGGAAGUUUGUAGAUAUAUACCAACCGAAAAGGGUCCACCAAAAAUGAUCCUAACCAAGCCUAUGAAUACUGUCAGUGGGAGUUUUAAUGCCCAACCCUAUAAUUAUGGUUAUUCCUUUCACAGCACAAAUCUUGCCCCUGUUUUCCAUGCUAAAAUAGGAGGACUCACUUGGAGUGGGAGAUGUUUUACUCCUAAAGAGUUGGAAAACCAUAGAAAAGCUAAAGGAAAGGAUAUGGUGGAAUUGACAAAGACAGAUGAGGUUAAUAAGCUAGUAAGUGAUGAAGAGGCUAAUGAAUUUCUGAAAUUGAUGAAGCACAACGAAUAUAGUGUGGUUGAUCAGCUAAAGAAAACACCUACUAGGAUUUCUUUGUUGUCAUUAAUGUUGAGUUCAGAAUUGCAUAGGAACGCGCUUCAAAAGGUUCUUAAUGAAGCAUAUGUUCCUCAGAAUAUCACACAAGACUCCAUAGAACAUUUGGUGGGCAGGAUUCAAGCCACCAACUACCUCUACUUUACCGAUGAUGAGCUAGAUCAUAAAGGGACCGGUCAUAAUAAACCAUUGCACAUCACGGUAAAAUGCAAGGAUUAUGUGGUCGCUAAGAUGCUUAUAGAUAAUGGUUCUGCUUUCAAUAUAUUGCCAAGACACGUACUUGAUAAAAUGUCAGUUGAUGCCUCUCAUAUGAAGCCAAGUACCAUGACAGUCACAUUACAAGUAAUGGACAUUCAUCCAUCAUAUAGCAUGUUACUUGGGAGACCUUAGAUCCAUGCAGCCCGAGCUGUCGCAUCUUCUUUACAUCAAUGGGUCAAGUUUAUCAUCAAUGGAAAUUUGGUGACUGUGAAGGCUGAGGAAACUUUGUCAAUAAUGAAAAAUAUGUCGAUCCCUUACAUAGAAACUGAAGAAAGUAACGAUGAAAAUCUACAUGCAUUUGAAGUUGUAAAUGCUGAAUGGGUACCAGAAAAUACGAUACGAAGAAAGCCAGAAAUUUCCGAAGCAGCAAAAAUGGCUGCUAAAUACUUCUUAAAGCAUGGAUUGCCAUUUCAAUAUGACCACACUACUGGAAUGCCUGAGAGGGUUAAUGUGAUAAAAAUGAAGUGUGUGGAUCAAAGGUUUGGCUUAGGGUUUAAGGUUGGGAAAGCAGAUUUCAAAAGAGCAGCUGAAAUUAGAAGAGAAAAGAGAAUGGCUCGGAUUGAAAGGAGAGAACCAAAUGAAGAUCGAAUGGAGAUCCCACCAAUCCAUGUAACGUUCCCAAGAUCCUUGCCCCAGCUGACUAUUGGCGUUUUGGAAGAUGGCUCAUCAGAAUUCGUGAGGAAACUGGCCGAGGGAGAAGAUUUAGCAAAUUGGGAAAUUCAUGAAGUUUCAAUUAUUUUCAAAAAGAAAUCUAAAAGCAGAUUGUCAUACACCUCACAAACUCAUUGCACUAUGGAUAAUUGGCUUAACUUUGAUGAAAAUAUAAUUGCCAUGAAUGAGGAAGAGUUUGGUGAAGAGGAUAUCCAUGAGUUCGUAAGGUUAGUCGAACAAUCUGACCGCACAUGGAAGCCUGCAAAAGAAGAAUUAGAACUGAUAAAUUUGGGCACCGAGGAUAAUAAAAGAGAGUUGAAGAUAGGGAAGCUAGUCUGUGCUGAUGAAAGAAGUAAAUUGAUUGCUUUUUUACAAGAAUAUGUUGAUGUUUUUGCCUGGUCAUACACUGAUAUGCCUAGUCUGGAUACUGAUAUUGUGGUACAUAAACUACCUUUGAUAGAAGGUUGUAAGCCAAUUAAGCAAAAGUUGAGGAGGACAAGGCUAGAUAUACUAAUCAAAGUGAAAGAAGAAAUAACGAAACAGUGGGAUGCUGGAUUCUUGGAAGUAGUCGAUUAUUCUCAAUGGGUGUCCAAUAUCGUAGUAGUACCCAAGAAAGAUAACAAAAUCAGGGUAUGUGUGGAUUUCCGAGACUUGAAUAAGGCAAGCCCGAAGGAUAAUUUUCCUUUACCCCAUAUAGAUGUGCUAGUGGAUAGUGCUGCUAAGAGUUCUACUUACUCUUUUAUAGAUGGUUUCUCUGGAUAUAAUCAGAUUAAAAUGGUCGAGUAAGACAAGAAGAAAACAACAUUUGUUACCCCGUGGGGAACAUAUUGCUAUAAAGUUAUGCCAUUUGGACUGAAAAAUGUUGGGGCAACUUAUCAAAGAGCAAUGGUGACACUAUUUCAUGACAUGAUGCAUAAAGAAAUUGAGAUAUAUGUGGAUGAUAUGAUUGCUAAGUCUAAAGAUGAGGAAAACCAUAUCCCAGCUCUGAAGAAAUUGUUUGAAAGGCUGAGAAAAUAUCAAUUAAAGUUGAACCCUGUAAAAUGCACAUUUGGGGUGAAAUCGAGGAAGUUGUUGGGAUUUAUGGUAAGCAAUAAUGGCAUAGAAGUAGACCCUGAUAAAGUGAAGGUCAUACAAGCUAUGUCAGCUCCUAAAACCAAGAAAGAAGUUCGAGAUUUUUUGGGGCGUUUAAAUUACAUUGCUCGAUUUAUUUCACAACUUACAAUCACUUAUGAACUAAUCUUUCAAUUACUUAGAAAGAAAAACCCUGGAGUAUGGGAUGAAGACUGUCAAAAAGCCUUUGAUAAGAUCAAACAAUAUCUGCAGAACCCACCUCUAUUGGUACCACCUGUGCCCGAGAAGCCUCUCAUUUUGUAUUUAACAGUGACUGAAUCAGCAAUGGGAUGUGUGCUUAGCCAACAUGAUGAGACCGGAAGAAAAGAACAAGCCAUCUACUACCUUAGCAAAAAGUUCACUCAGUGUGAAUCUCGUUACAGUAUGAUUGAGAAGUUGUGUUGUGCUUUGGUAUGGAGUGUGAAAAGACUCCGACAGUAUAUGCUAUAUUAUACCACUUGGUUAAUUUCAAAGAUAGAUCCUCUGAAAUAUAUUUUUGAAAAACCGUACAUGUCAAAUAGGCUGGUUAGAUGGCAAGUGUUGUUGGCUGAAUAAAGAAAAUCCAUGAAAGGAAGUGCAAUCGCAGACCAUUUAGCUGAUAACGCCCUCGAAGACUAUGAGCCAUUAAAUUUUGACUUCCCUGAUGAAGAUGUGCUAAUAAUAGAAAAUGAAUGGUGGACCAUAUAUUUUGAUGGUGCAGUGAAUGUGUCUGGUAAUGGAGCUGGUGUUGUAAUAAUUUCUCUAGAAGGAAAACAAUAUCCCAUCUCCAUUAAACUGCAAUUUAGUUGCACAAACAACACAGCUGAAUAUGAGGCUUGCAUUCAUGGAUUAGAAGCUGCAUUGGAACUGAAGAUACAGAAACUAGAGGUAUAUAGAGACUCCAUAUUGAUAAUCUGCCAGACAAAGGGGGAAUGGCAGGCAAAAGAUGAGAAAUUGAAACCAUAUCAAGAAUAUCUCUCCAAGUUGGCUGAAAACUUUGAAGAGAUAGAGUUCAAUCAUUUAGGAAGGGAUAAGAAUCAGUUUGCGGAUGCUUCAGCAGCCCUGGCCUCUAUGGCCACAAUCGAUUGUGGUAUCAGAGUACAUCCUAUAGGCAUUGAUAUAAGAAGAUCUCCUGCUCAUUGUUAUUUAAUAGAAGAAGAAAUUGAUGGCAAUCCUUGGUAUACAGAUAUAAAAAGAUUCAUCCAAUAUCAGGAAUAUCCUUUCGAAGCUUCAAAGACAAAUAAGAAGACACUAAGAAGAAUGGCAAUGGAAUACUUUCUAGAUGGAGAAAUCUUAUACAAAAGGGCAUUUGAUGGGACUUUAUUAAGAUGCCUAAACAAAUCAGAAGCCAAUAAAGCUUUGUACGAAGUACACGGAGGAAUUUGCACCACCCAUGCAAAUGGACACAUGAUGGCAAGACGAAUACAAAGAGCUGGGUAUUUUUGGAUGACUAUAGAGAAGGAUUGUAUAGAAUUCGUCCGAAGAUGUCAUAAAUGUCAGGUGUAUAGUGACAAAAUCAAUGCGCCUCCAUUGCCCUUAUUCAAUAUGGUGUCACCUUGGCCAUUUGCAAUGUGGGGGAUAGAUGUGAUUGGGCCUAUUAAUCCAAAAGCCAGCAAUGAUCAUCGAUUUAUCUUGGUUGCAGUUGAUUAUUUUACAAAGUGGGUGGAGGCUUGUUCAUAUGCUCAUGUGACGCAGAAAGUGGUCAAGCGUUUCAUUGAGAGAGACCUAAUUUGUAGGUAUAGUUUGCUAAAAAGGAUAGUAAUCGAUAAUGCCAAGAACUUCAAUGGGAAGAUGAUCGUAGAAUUAUGCACUAAAUGGAAAAUCAAGCAUUCCAAUUCAUCCCCUUACCGACCAAAGAUGAAUGGUGUUGUUGAAGCUGCUAACAAGAACAUAAAGAAGAUUGUCCAGAAAAUGGUGGUUACAUAUAAAGAUUGGCAGGAAUGGCUUUCUUAUGCUCUACAUGCAUAUCGAACAACAAUAAAGACAUCCACUGGGGCUAUAUCUUAUUCAUUAGUUUAUAGAAUGGAGGUAGUGAUGCCUUUGGAAGUAGAGAUUCCUUCCCUAAGGGUCCUCAUGGAAUCUGAGUUAGAAGAGGCUAAAUGGGCAAAGAUACGAUAUGAACAGUUAAAUAUGAUUAGUGAAAAGCGAUUAGCUACAAUUUAUCACCACCAAUUGUAUCAAAACAGGGUAGCAGAAGCAUGUGACAGAAAAGUUCGACCAAAAGAGUUUGAAGCAGGGGAUCUUUACUAAUCACUUAUAUUGAGAAAAAUCCUAUUAUUACCUAAUGAAAAUCAUAGCAAGUGGGCACCCAAUUAUGAAGGUCCCUAUGUAGUAAAGAAGACAUUCUCUGGAGGAGCAUUGAUAUUGACAGGAAUGGAUGGAGAAGAGUUGAGUAGGCCAGUGAAUUCCAAUUCUGUGAAGAAAUAUUAUCCAUGA